AGUCUGUGAUGAGCGCGGCGGUCGGUGGGUGUCUAUCUGUAUGAUGAUAAAUUGGUGCGCACGGCGUGCAUGCAGCUAGUCUCCGAUGCAACUCAGUGGAAUACAGACUGGUGCCGCAACUGAGGCAGAAGUCGGGACAAUUUAACUUCAAUUUUGAUCUUAUUACUCAAUUUUAUGUUAGAUUAUAUUUUAUUUUCUCUCACUUCAAGGUUGAUCACACUCCGUUAAGACUGGGACAAAUUAAUUACAGUGUAUUCACACAUUGGACAAUAAAUAGCCUGACUCUCUAUCAGAAAGCAUAAGAAGAAGACGAGAAAGUACCUGUAUAAUUUGCUGUGCUCUAUCAAUCUACAGUCAAGUAUUUGUUCCAAGAAAACGAGCAGUUUUCUUUGUGUGCGCGGGGAUUUAAUUUUCGGAUAUCCAUCACUGUGUCAAGCAAUAUUGGACCCGUCCUGCACAAAUCUAGGCUGUGCUGAUGUCGCCCGCGGACAGACGCACCGCUGGAUUGUAGCAGUACCGAUGGAUUAAAGGGCAACCUUAAAACCUUUGGAGGGCGCAAGGUGCGCGAAGGGAGCGGGGCAGCAGGAUGAGUGAGAGACACACACAGCAAGGAAGUAAAGGGGUUCUACUUCUGAUGGUCUGCAUGGUGACUCUGCUGGAGAUGGCCAGACCAACAGAAGGUCACAGAGUGCAUCAAGUCAGAACCGGCACUUGUGAGGUUGUGGCUUUGCAUCGAUGCUGCAACAAGAACAAAAUAGAAGAACGCUCCCAAACUGUUAAAUGCUCCUGCUUCCCUGGACAAGUGGCCGGGACGACCAGAGCUGCCCCGUCCUGUGUAGAUGCCUCUAUAGUGGAGCAGAAGUGGUGGUGUCAGAUGCAUCCAUGUCUGGAUGGGGAGGAGUGUAAAGUCCUCCCAGAUCUAAAGGGAUGGAGCUGCGCCACGGGGAACAAGAUAAAGACUACCAAGAUCUCAUCGGACCGGGAUCAGCUCUGGUAACCCUUGUUGCCACGGAACCGAAUCAAGGUGGAUCAAUAAAUGUAACUGGGUCUUUACCUGUGGAAUACCAUCAGGGACUCAAGAACAUUGCAGAAACCCUUUUUGUAAAUAGAGACUCCCUCUAUUGGAGACUAUACUAUGAAUAUUCUGGAAGACUGAAGCAGCACAUGGUAACAAAGGACAUCUGGAUGAGAAGAGUGGACACUACUAAAUGAUGGCUCAGUAGAGGGGACCUUUAUUUUGAAAAGCACAGACAUGACUAUCACCACAUUGGACAUCAGGAUGUAUUUUCAUUCUCUAACAUUGUUCUGCUUAUAGUGGAUUACAAUGGGGAAUUUUGCCUAAACAUUAUUUGUAAAGUGAUAGUUUUUCUUAGGGAAAUUUUUCCUCGGAAUGCAUUGUGCAUCAUUACUGUAACAGGGUGAGAAAACUGGAGUAUCAUCAAUAUCAAGAAUAUCCCCCAUGGAUAUUAGGGACGAGUCGAAUUCGAUCCAGUUUUUAACGAUCAAAUGAUGGUCAGACAAUGGUAAGAAGAAGGAAUAUACAAUUGGUGGACCUUAUUGUAUUGAGCCAAUCAUUGAACAUGCAGGGUGAUUUUCAAAGGAGCACAAAAAAGGGACAGGUAUUGGAAUUGGCGUAUGUACACCUCCAUCAUUUCAUUAUGGGUGGCCAUCAUUAUGGGUGGCCAUCAUUAUGGGUGGCCAUUCUCAAUGGUGCUGCGCGCAGGGAACAUGGCUUAUUCAAAUGAGAGUUGCAGCCAAUGGCCAAUGGGAGAAUGAGAGAAUGUGAUGAAUCCAAGGACAAAUACAUGUAGACUACUGAUGUAUAGGGCAUACUACAAUGUAGGAUUUCUAGCACCAAAACUGAAAACCGAAGGUCAUGUUUGAUUUGCAUGUUUUAUUCCAAGGGCAUCAUCUUUCAUUUGAUCUAAAGCAGAUUGAGGCACUAGAUACACACUUUUGAAAAUGUACACGUUAAUGAAAGUGGUGCGCAAUUUGUGAGUUACCCCUAAUGUGCUUAACGUUUGCUUAUGUUCUUUUGAAAAUCACUCUGUCAACUGCCAGCUGAUCCAGUUAGUUGGUCUAUGUUGCACAAUGCUGAGGCUCAGAUUCGAAUGUCCAUGUAAAGUUUAUAUAAAUGUAUGCAAGCUAAAAUGCAUUCAUUCUCUAAUACUGGCUAUAGUCCAUGGGGUUGGUAGGGGCCGGUUAAGUGUUAAGUGAUUUUUUUACAAUUCAUUUCUGAUUCGCUUUUCAACAGGUAUCGCUGACGCUUCCUUCGUCUGUGCAAGUGAUAACAUCUUCGAAUAAUAAACUGUGGUUGUGUCUUAACUUAA